AUGGGUAUGCAGUCGUCCUGGCAGCCAGAUCAACCUCCGACGCCACGACAACUGUACCCUUCCCCCAAACCCAAACUCCCCCAGUCGACGAUUAACACGGCUGAGCGCGAAAUCCGGGAAGCAGGAGGUAUAGCCACUGCUCUGGCGGUGGAUGUACGAUACCCUGAGCAGAUUGACCAUGUGGUCUCGGAAACAAUGCGCCUCCAUGGGCGCCUGGAUGUUCUUGUCUACAACUCGGGUGCUAUCUGGUGGUCAUCUGUGGAGAAGACGCCGCUGAAACGGUUUCAGUUGAUGCAGAAAGUUAAUCCAGAUGGAUUAUACGCUAGUGUACAGGCUGUGCUGCCUUGCUUUGAAAAGAAUGGCUGGAGGGGAAGGAUUGUCGUUGUGUCGCCGCCUAUUUACUCGAGGUUUUUCCGUGGGAAGACGGCCUAUGCUAUGGGAAAGGUGGGAAUGAGUGUCUUGACGAAAGGUCUCGCAAUGGAUUUUGUCCGGCAGGGACGAAAAGAGAUGGCUAUUACAAGUAUUUGGCCCGCAGCGGCCAUUGAAUCUGCCGCAACAGAGCAUAACAAAGCCCUUAGCCAGUCUGAUAGGAAGGACCUAAGGAAACCGACUAUUUUUGCCGACGCCGUUCUUGCAGUACUUGGAGCGCCUGCACAAAGUGUGAAUGGGCUUCUGGACACAGAUGAGGACUUCCUUCGUAGGCAGUGUGGUGUAUCGGAUUUCUCAAAGUACUCUGUCGUCCCGGGAAGCGUCCCGCGACGGAUCAUGCCAGCACAGUUCCCCGUGCUGGAGGUAGCGGAGCAGGAUGAUGAGGGCCAGUGGUUGGACAGUGCAGUAAAAGCCAAGAUUUAG